AUGACUAAAUACCUAAAUGUAUGCGAUCUUACUGUCGACAACGUUAUCCUAAUUAUUACUUUCUUGUGCCGUGAUAUUGUAAAAAAUUUCUGUGGAUUUUUGCAGGUCACCUACGACGUUCACCAAAAACGUGACUUGAUCGAUAUCUUCGAUAAAAUCAAUGACACGCUUCGUCGUAUUGUUGGUCACCUUCACGGAAAAUUCCAUGAUUUACAUGAUUUCUUGCACCAAGCUAUUGCCCAUGGAAAAGACAAGUUGAAACCUCACAUAGAAAACAUCAAGAGUUUGGCUAAGACCUUCAUUGACCACAUCAACAUGGUGAGUGCGAAAGUAGCUCAACAAGCUUUGGAAUUUUUCAAACCCUGGGCUUCGAAACUCGGUGACACAUGGACCAAACUUGUUAAAGACAUCCACGAGCGUCUGCAGAAGUUGCACCCUACAGCUCUUCCCCUUUAUUAAGAAUUUUAGUAGGCGGAACACGUAUGUGCUCAUGUUGAAUAAAGCAUUUCUAAUGUAA